ACAGGUUUUGUUCUACGUGUGUCGGAUUUUUGGUUUUUCCGCCCAGAUUUGCGGCCACGGAUCCCCUAUAUAGGAGUCUCCGGAGUGCUGAAAGCCAGCGUGAGGUCGGACCUCGUGUGGCGCUUGGCAGCCUUAAUAUACAUGCCUGUUUUCCGUGGCCGUCACCUGAAAAGUGGCACAAGAAAUAAAAGCGAUGUUGGAAAGCUGUCCCAGCAGUACACCUACCUCGCGGGUCUAUUUUUAUGGUUAACUUCCCCCGCCCUCGCAUCCGCUUUCGUAUCCCAAUUCUCCUCCUGCUCAUCCAUCCGGGAAGCCGCGCUCCCGAUGAUCCACUCUCCCUUCUCCAUCCGUGGUGACUACCAUUGUACCGCUCUUAAUGCAGAACGGUCUGGGCCUACCUACUUUGAAUGGCUUGGUCGGCAAGCCGAAUUGAAGCUUCGGCCGCAGCCGUAUCAGGGUCUACGCUUAAAGAUCGAGAGGGAUCUGGCUGUUUUACUCAUGCGCUCCUCCUAUGAGGUUGCGGACGAAUUAGAUUUUGUACCUAUGAACGAUUUUCAAAAAGACUUUUUCACGUUUCGGCAGGCAGAAUGGGAAGACUACGUGGGGGCAUUCCCCCCUCUCUCUGUGCGGCAAGGGGAGUUAACGCAACCGUCCUACUUCGACUUCAUUUCUUUCGCCCAAUAUUGCACCCUCAACGAGGAAAUGCGGCAUGGCAAGCUGGCCUUUGUCGAGCUCGUCUCCGCCGAGGGGGAGAAACGAGUAGUCCGGCGGUCGGAUGAUCCUUCUCUUCCGCAAGACAAUUCCUUGCUGCCGGCUGAACACUCAAGAAGGGUGGGGGACAGGAUUCUGCAGAGGCUUUUGGAAGCACCGGAGGUAUACGCGCCAAGAUUAUCAGGGAGAGGGGGCGGAGGAGGAGGGGAUGUAGGGGUGGAGGAGGUCGUGGAAGAUGUCAAAAGAAUCGUAGAUUUGUUUACAGCAAAACAAUUCAAUCAAGGUGGCGAAGUCAAAAUGCUCGCGGAGAAAGAAGGGGCAAGAAAAGGGGGGGCAGCCUGGCAAGGGAUGAAGUUGAAGGUAACGAGCAGGGCCCCAGCGAAUCUGUGGAGCUUACAGUCUUUGAUGUUCAGGAACGAGCCGUUGCUGAAUGACUUCGAAGGCAAGGCCGUUCGCGCUUACCUGCAGGGGGUGGGAAAGAAAGAAGGGACGUAUGCAGUGCAGGUUCAGGGCAACGAUGUGGUGCAUACUUUCUCUUGGUGAGGGGGGGCGUGCGAGGAUUAGGAGAGUCAGAUCAGAGAACGGUUGUAUUUUUAGGCAAAGUG